AUGAGCACAGCAAAUCCCACCGGCACGCCCAGUCCACAGGGCAGCCGAGUAUCGUUGGCGGAUGGCGCAGCUGAGGACAUACGCAGUCGAAUGGGCAAACGCCCGCGCAAAAGCACUAACGAGUCACUGACUGGCAGCCAGGACGACACCAUCUCACUGAAUGAGUUCCGUUCACCGUUCUGGUGGAUAGAGACCAUACCCUUCCCGAAGCAUGAUUUAAAGCCUCUUUCAGGUGUGACAAGGAUGCGUGAGGGGGUAGAUUACAUAAUGUAA